AUGGCGUCCCACCCACCACCACUGCCCCACCCAGCCAUGGGCGAGGCCAGCGCAGGGCCCAACACCGUCGCCCGUCUUUGGCGCGAAAGCCGCAAACGCGCAACGACCGACAAGACGAGCUGGGAUUACAUCAUCACAAGUGGCGUUGUUGGCGGCAUCGCAGGCUGCACGGCAAAGACGGCCAUUGCGCCCCUCGACCGUGUAAAGAUUCUGUUCCAGACCAGCAAUGCCGAGUUUAAGAAGUACGCCGCAGUCGCUGACUACGCAGGUACACCUGCGGGCCUCUUGCACGCGACCAAACUCAUCUACGACACCGCUGGUCUUCGCGGCUUGUUGCAGGGCCACAGUGCAACUCUGUUGCGAGUGUUCCCAUACGCGGGAAUCAAGUUUUUGUUCUACGAUUGGAUCGAGAAGACAGAAACUGAUCCCAACCCCCGACCUGGCGACCCCUGGACGCUUCUUCGUGAGCGGCGCGAGCUCUGCGCCUCCUCCAAACCCUCCUUCCCCAUUGAACCUCGUGCUGACUGUACAGGUGUUGCGGCCGUCUGCCUGACCUAUCCCAUGGAGCUGGUGCGCGUCCGUAUGGCGUACCAGACAGGCUCGCGCCCUUCCCUGCGGCACGCCAUUGGCACAAUAUUCGCAGAGUCGCGCGCGACGCAGCAAGCAGCGGCGGCAGCAGGCGCGUCGCAGUCGCAAGUGUCGGCGUUCACCCGCUCCUUCCCCCUCUACCCGUUCUACCGCGGCUUCAGCAUCACCCUGCUCGGCAUGAUCCCCUAUGCUGGUGUGAGCUUUUUGACGUACGGCACAUUAAAGCGUCAUCUCCCACAUUACUUGCCGUACCUGGAAACGCAUCCUACGACGAGGGACUUGAGUUGUGGUGCCAUUGCCGGUCUGGUGAGCCAGACGGCUAGCUACCCGUUCGAAGUCGUCCGUCGGCGUAUGCAGGUGGCUUCGGAGAAGAACGGCGUGGGCGUCAACUGGCGCCAGGCCGUUCACGUCAUCUACGAAGCGAGGGGGUGGAGGGGCUUCUUUGUUGGACUGAGCAUCGGGUACAUCAAGGUCAUCCCAAUGACCAGCAUUUCAUUUGCAACCUGGCAGUUCUUGAAGAGAGUUUUGGACUUGUAG